CCCUCACCAAAGGUAAAUGGACUCGUGGUGGGAGGAAGCCUCUGUCAAGUUCGUCGCUUGCGGAAACGGGCACGGCAUCCCCGUGCAAAUGUGUCUACCAGUGGGUCUUGCUUUAUCAAUGUCUCGCAGGACACGUACUGCCGUCAUCUCAAACAAUAGUGCCUUCGUGUGAGGCCUCAGGCUUGAAAGAGGCUUGAGAGAGUGUGAACACAUUUCUCGUGUAUACUUGCAGUCUGAAGACUGCCAGCAGAUUGGUUAAGCAUAGCA